AUGUGUCCCCUGAAGCGUCCCCGGCCAUCUCCUCCGGCUGAUGCCGGCAUCCGGCUCCUGUGUUCCAGUCCCUGUGACGUCGGGACGUACGGGCACCGGCGGUGGCGGGAAAUUUGAAAAUUUAAAAAAAAAUGUCAUUUUUUUCAAAAUGAUUUUACUGUAUCAAACCAUUUCACAUACAUUUUGUCCCGAGUGCUUUGUCCUGAGCCCUGCCUGCAUUUUUACUGUUCUUUCUGCCUGGAAACUGAGAAACAUCCAUGGCGUCCAAAAAGCGUCCCUUUAGGUCAAAAGUGGUUUUAGACCAGCUAGAGAACAGCGAUAGUAAAUUAGAACCACUUGCAGAAUUGA